AACAAAUUCAACCAAAGUGCAGCAGUCAUAUUCAUCGGGAUAAAUAAUAUUUGUUGCACCAGCAAUGCUACCACCUUGGAUAAUAAGGGGUGUUCAAUUUGCCGUGCUCUUUACUGCUCUGUUCCGGUAUAUCUGCGAAGCCAGGAACCAGUACGGAACAUUAUCAGUGGUAGGGCCAGCGUUUGUGAACAGGGAGGUUACACUGAAAGCGACACCGUUCUACCCUUGGGGGUGUGACUUAGAAUGGAAAUACAGAAAGGAAGGCGGCACACAAUUUCAAACAAUGACUGGGCCAAAUAUUACAAGAUAUUCGGAGGAUGGGUGCUUCUUUUUGAAAUGGGUUGCUUCAAUUGCAGACAACAGAUCUGACUUUUACGCCGGAUGUUCAGCAAACACAACAAUAAGCUCAAGCUUAUUAGCUUUAAAUGUGAAAGAUAUUGUUGGACUAUGUGGAGCUCUUGUGAUUCUUAGCCCGGUUUAUCGCGGCGCGAACGUCAAACUUGGAUAUUUUCCGUCUGACCAUUCUAUACAGCACAAAAUAUAUUCAAAACGAACAUGGAGGAAAAACAUGAAGGAUAUAAUGCUACGAGAAGGUUCUUGCGAAGAGAAAAUGCAUUCUGAAUACUUUUACGUAUUGGCUAUAUCUAACUUUAAAGAAAGAAACGAAGGAACGUAUAUUUUAUAUUGUUAUUCAGGUACCCACACGGAUUCUGUGAAACUUUAUAUCCCAGAGCCACCGAGUUACCCAAUCAUCGGUCCAAAGUCCGCCGACUUUAAUACAACAGAAUGCAUAUAUGUUUAUGAAGAUUCCUACAUAUACUGCCAGACUGAAAAUGGAACAGAACCUGUACAAACAGUACUUUUACUGGGACAGGAAACAUUUGUUCUUGCUGAAAGCGAAUGGAAGAAAGGGUUUUACGUAUUCAGUAACAUUUACCAACAAAUGGAUGGACUGUCGAGACGGAAUGUGACGUGUCAGGUUUCUAAUGCAGUCAUUGAAACACCUCACGAAGUACACAACAUUCUAUGUAACGUAGAGAAAGGUAGCCCACCCGUUCUAACAGUUCCUGAAUUUCUUGACGGUGAAAGCUCGACAAUAACCUGUACAGUGCACAAUGCUAUCCCAGCUCCGGUAAUAGAUAUACGUCUUGGCAAUGAUUUGCUUUAUGAUGUUCAACAAACUGAUAUAUUUAAUGGAUUUUCUCAUACUUAUACAAGCACAGCUAAGGUGACAACGACUAACAAACUGUGGAAUGGAAAAGAAAUGUGUUGCACCAGAAACAAUAUUGACGACUUUGGAAUAGCGAAUCAUUCCAUAUGCAAAAUCAUCAGUAUCAAAGGGGAUCCGACUCUGUAUUUAAACACGACGUCACCAGUCGAUUUACCUCCAAAUACAACAGUGGUCGUAAAAGGUAGUCGAUCCCAUGAAAUGGAAAUUCAGACAUUCCGAUUCCCAGUCAACAUUGUACUUAUUGUAUCAGCCGUUUUCUGUGGACUCUGCAUCUUGUGUGUUAUCGGAAGAUGGAUAUGUCUUAAACGACGAAAGGACAACGCAGUCAACACAAUAGAUAUUAUUGGAAUUCACUUCGACACGGCGUCGGACAGUGGUGUACUACACAUAGAAACGGAAGGAGUCCUGUACGCUGUCGUGCAGAGGCAGGCGGCAACACAGAGGACUGACACGCAGCAACCACGUGAUGACAACGGCCUAGCGUACGCACAGUUGGACAUCACGUUCCUACAGGAAGCUAAUGCCAGAGUCCCGGCAAGGAGAACAAAUCCGCCGACGGAGUAUGCUGACAUUGAGUUCCCCUCAACACAGGAACCUGCGUUAGAAGAGCCUGUGUCCCACAAUGCAUCAACGUUGUGCUAGAUCAAAGACCAGACGUUAAAACACAAACAAUCUGCCCCAUUGCAUUGUUUCUAUAUCGUAUUCCUUAUGAUUGUGUUUGAUAUGAUUACUUUAUCUUUUGUGUUCUAUAUUGAGAUACAUAUUGUUACAACCAAAGACAACAUCAUCAAAACCACUAAUAGCACUAUUUAAUUGAAGUAUUCCCUGAAUAUAAUUAGUGAAUGGUGCAAACCUUUCACUUUAUUAUAAAUAUUUAUAUCAUUAAAUUAUUUCAAUAGCCUACGCCUUUGACCCUUGUGCUGUGCUUGGUUUUUUUAUUUAUUGAUUUUUUGUAACUAAACACGGUGUGCUAAAGGUACCCGGUUUGUCUCUAUAAAUGUAAACUUUGUAAGAGAAGUAAGCGGCAUGGCGGCCUAGCGGAUUAUUUCU